GGAAAAAAUAAUUUUGGAGAAUAAAAAAGCCCUCUCUUGUUUCUGGAUCGCUGCUUAACAGUAAGACUGUUGUCUCAAUUUGCUGAGGUUCAAUGGAUUGGGUUUUUGUGCAUAAAACUUGGGAUAAGUGGGCUUCUAUCAACAUUGGUUCUGGUCUUCCUUUAAAAGCUGCUUUGCUGAUUAAUUAUGACCCCACUGGACCAUCUCGUCUGUUAUCUACCAUUGCUGAACAAGAAGGAAUAAAAGUCAAUAUCAUUGAAUUGAGACAUUUUGUAGACUGCAUCAGACAGAAUAAGCUCCAGACUGAGAUCUUCAAUAUUGGGUCCAAUCAAUACUUGGUUACAUCAAUUCACGAGAACUGGUUUAGUGCAAGGUGCAUAAACACCUCAAAGCCUGCUGGGGAAGGUGCAAUUGUUAUGCAAACAGCAGCAUAUAUCUUGGUUGCUCUGUAUGAAGGUUCCAUUGGUCCGGCAUCUCGUGCUAUGGGAGCUGCUGAUCAGUUAGCAGCACAAUUAGGGCGAAAAAAUCUUUAGAAUGGUCCUCCUCCAGACGGCUUUACAUUGUAGCUCCUCUAGCUGUUGUGCAGUGUUAGGCAAGACAUUAAUGACCCAACAAAUUAAGACUCUGCAACUCUAUCACAGAAAAAUAGGAAUAAAUAGGAAAUAGUUUAUGCUUUUGUAUAGGUUAUUAUUUUGAUUCGUUUUUAUGGUAGUUAUAGUUUAGUUGGGUAGGGGUGAAUAAUCCCCUUUCUGCCUUCUGCUACUCAAAGAAAUCUAACAUGCAGACUGUUGCGGCCAAGUGCACUGGUGACAUUCCGAUGAAGCUAUUGAAGAACCAUGCCGGUGUUAGUAAUGAGUGGGAUCCUAUCAUUGUGUAUGAUUUACAUUCUGAAGUAGACAAUUCGUUAGAUCUUCUUCCCUUGUUUGUUA